GUGACAUUUCCAUUGGACAUUACCAAAACUCGUCUUCAAAUACAAGGCGAAAAGGCUUCGUUAGUUUCAGGAGCAAAAGUUCAGCCUUACAGAGGAAUGGUAAAGACUGCCUAUGGCAUUGGUAUGAUUGAUUUAAAUUCCGAUAUGUGUGAAUAGGUUUUAAAUGACUAUACUCGGUUACUAUUUAUUUUAUUUUAGUGCUAACAUAAUUCUCUUUCAGCAAAGGAAGAAGGAUUUUUGUCGUUAUGGCGAGGAAUAACACCAGCUGUUCUUCGACAUUUAGGUGGGUUAUGGAGAAGGGAGGCUCAGCUGCAGUGCUAAGCAAAUUGGAAUCUCUUCCAGUUGGCAAAACAUGAAUUAGAUAUGAAGAAAUGAAAACAAAAUAUUUGAGUAAAACUUUUGAAAAGUGAAAAUUUUCGGUUAACACCCUCCCCCAUUAAAAUAGGGCUACCGCCGUCCCUGGGGAGGCUUUUCUGCAGAAGAUUAUAUGGCUUUGUAUGAAUUUGGUGGCAUAUUGUACAUUGUUUAGUGUAUUCUGGUUCUCGGAUGGGAGCUUAUGAAGUAAUUCGUGAGAAAGUUCUGCUGAGAAAUAAGGAUGGAUCUUUUCCACUGUGGUAA